CCCCUGACCCCUCGGUGCCCUUGGCGUGCUGCCAACCGAGCCCUGUCAUGCCCAGGUGCCUGCGUGGCGUACUUCCUGACCAAGCGGCGCGAGUAUCGCAAUUCCCUGAACCCCUUCAAGGGGCUGAAGGAAAAGGAGGAGAAGAAACUGCGGAGCCGGCGCUACCGGCUCUUCGCCAACCGGGCGGGCGUGGCGCGGCUGCUGGGCCCUGAGGAGCAGCGGCUGUGGCGGGGCGUGACGGAGGAGCUCAUGUCAGACGAGGAGGACAGCCCGAGCGAGCCGGGGGUGUGGGUGGCCCGGUCCCCCCGCUUCCGUGCCGCCCCCCUCACCCAGCUCUGCUACCGCCUGGACAUCAAUGCCAAGCACGGCGCCAAGGCCAACCGGGUCUACGGGCCGCCCUCCGAGCGCCUGCCCUCCGCCGAGGCCCAGCUCCUGCCCCCCCACCUCUACGACCCCCGCUUCCAGGAGCGUGAAGAGGGGGGGGACUCCAGGUCCGCCCCUUUCCCCCCGCCCCACAAGGCCUUCUGCCCUGACCUCCACCCCUUCCUCGAGAUCAAGGUGGAGAAGGAUGAGUGAGCCAGGACAGCCGCCCCACACCCAAGAUGGCCACCACAGGGGGCCAGCGACCCUCCCGACGUGGGCUCAAGGUGGAGAACGUUGAGGGACGCAAGAUGGCUGCUGGAGGAUUCUGGGGGAAUGGGGACAGGAAAUGGGGCAACAAGAUGGAGAGAGACGAGUGAGCAAAGAUGGCUGCCACGCAUCCAAGAUGGCUGCCCCACAUUCAGCAUGGUUGCCUCCCAGCAAGAUACCGCCAGUGGGCUGUGAGGGGUCGGGAGCUGCGACGUUUCCCCCCGCGCCAGUGCUGCCAGGAACCCCUGGGGAAGGAUAAGUGAGCCAAGAUGACCACUGCAGAUUGGGGGGGCAGGGCUGUGGAAUGCCUCUCCCCCACCCAGCUCCUUCACUAACCUUAGGGUGGAGACGGAUGAGAACUUGGGGGACAAAAAGGGGGAGCCAAGAUGGCUGCCCACAUCCAAGAUGGCCGCCCUGCACACAAGAUGGCCACUAUGGGGAAAGGGAACAGGACGUCCCCAGCCCCACUGGGCCUGAUCUCAUGGUGGAGGAUGAAAGACUGGGGGGCCGGAAAUGCUGGUGUCCCCCCAGGGACUGGGUGGGCAGGAGGCUGAGGGGGACAGUGACAAAGGGGGAGUCCCCUGAAAUACGAGGCCUUUUCACUCUCA